AUGGGCUCGCUCGCUGAUCCCGACACCACCUACGACUACAUCGUCUGCGGAGGAGGAACUUCAGGAUGUGUCGUUGCCGGCCGUCUGGCUGAGAACAAGAAUGUGAGCGUGCUGCUCUUGGAGGCCGGCCAGCACAACCGCGACCUCGAGAAUGUGCAUAUGACUGGGGGCUGGUCCCAGAACUUCGACUCGGAGACGGACUGGAACCUGGUCACAAAGCCCAUGGACGGCGUCGACAGCCGCCAGGUCAAGCUCAGUCGAGGCCGGUUCCUCGGGGGCUGCAGUGGCUGCAAUGGCACGCUGUGUAUCCGGGGGAGCAAGCAGGACUACGAUGACUGGCAGCUGGAGGGCUGGAGCGGCGACGAGUUCUUCGACGCCAUGAAGAAGAGCGAGACAUUCCACAGCAAGCCCUGGUUCAAGGAGGACAAGGCUGCUCACGGCUACUCCGGUCCCCUGCACACAGAACCGCACGACCUUGCCCCCAUUGCAGACCGUAUCAUCGACUCCUUCGUCGACCAGGGCCUUCCCCUGCACCACGACAUGUUCUCGACCGGCGACGUCCCCCACGGCUGCGGCCAUGUCCCUCGCACCGUCUACAAGGGUGUUCGCACCACCUCCGCCGACUUCAUCACCAAGGAGUACGACCGCUCCAACAUCACAAUCAAGACCGAUGUGACAGUGGACCACGUCGUCCUGGAGCCUACAGCUGAUGGCCAGCGUGCGACAGGCGUUGUGACUCGCUCAUCGGACGGAACAAACAAGACCUUCCACGCUCGACGAGAGAUCGUCAUCUCCAGCGGUGCCUACUGCAGUCCAGCCGUCCUCCUGCGCUCUGGAAUCGGUGCCCGCGACGAGCUCGCCCAGUUCGACAUCAACUGCCAGGUCGACCUCCCUGGCGUCGGAAAGAACCUCAUGGACCACCUGAUCGUCUUCAUGUUCUACGAAGCCAGCGAGGCCGGCCUCACCAACUGCGACAAGGUCUACCACGGCGACAGCUUCGCUAAGACCUACCAGGAGUACAAGGAGCACAAGAGCGGCUUCCUCUCGACCUUCCCCUUCGGCUGCUUCGCCUUCGCCCGUAUUGACGACCGUCUCAAGGACGAGCCGAUGUGGCGCGAUGCCCCCCGCGAGCCUGGCCGCGACCCAAUGGGCCUGACUCCCAAGCAGCCCAACAUCGAGUUCUUCACCACAGAGACCUACGGUGGCCCCAAGCAGUACGACCAGUUCCCCGUGAACAACCAGCACGCCUUCUCUAUGAUCGCGGAGCUCUUCGCCCCCAAGUCGCGCGGGACCGUGACCCUCGAGUCGAAGGACGCAUCCCGUAACCCUGUCAUCGACUGCAACUACCUCAACGACCCCAUGGACCUUCUCGUCCUCACAGAGGCCUGUCAGUACGGAAACGACAUUGUGAUGCAGGGUGCCGGAACGAAGGAAAUCGUCAAGGGCUCCUGGCCCCCUGAGUCGGGGCACCACGCUUUCAAGACCCGCGACGAGUGGAUUCCUUAUGUGAAGCACCACGCUACAACCUGCUACCACGGUGCCGGAACGUGUGCCAUGGGCAAGGCCGACGACCCCAAGGCCGUCCUCGACAACAAGCUGCGUGUCCGCGGCGUCGCUGGUCUGCGCGUUGCUGAUACCAGUGUCAUGCCGACUCUGCACGGUGGACACACCCAGAUGCCAGCUUACGGUAUUGGAGAGCGGUGCGCGGACUUUAUCAAGGAGACGUGGGGGCCUGAUGGCGUUACUGCGGCCCUUAAGGACCUGACUGUUGGCUCUUCUUAG